AUGAAUCAAUCCUUUGAUCUUGAUGAAUAUCAGUAUCAAACUAUUGGACAGAUUAUGAGUGUCACUAGAUAUCUUCAAGUAUUUUUAGAAACUCGUAUUAAUCUAGAGGUAUCAGUGGUUGAUCUGUCAACUGUUGAAGUAGUACCAGCUGAACCAGUGAGAGGAGAGCUAGGUUGGACUGAUGGAGAAUUAAAACAACAUAUAGGAGAAGAAUUUAGUAUCAAUCCAUCAUGUAUGAGAAUAGUAGUGGAGGAGUAUAAUUACAUAAACAAUGUUACUUCAGUCCAUGAUGUUAGUAUUGUAGGAGAGAUACAGGUACAAGUUAGUAACAGUAUAACAUUAGAUCAGUUGAAGGAGGAGCUAGUUCCACUGAUUGGUGUACCACCUACUGGUUUUAGAGUGUAUGAAAUCAAAAAAUAUGACCGACGAUAUGACAGUGAUGAUGAAGAAUAUGAACUGGGAGGACUGGAUGAGAUAUUAAUGAAUAUUGGUAUUAAAUCUGGGUCAGAGUUGAUAGUAAGACUGGGUAGAACAGUAUUACAAGAAGGAGAGAAAAGAAUUAAAUUAUAUUUAUUACAAGUUAACAAUACUGAGUUUUGUACUUUUAUGAUGGAGUCUAUUUAUGCUGAGGGUUAUACACAAGUGAGAGAGUUUAAGAGACAAAUUAUUGAAGAAGCAAAAGAGCAAGGAAUUGACUGUGUCCUUGAAUUAGACAAAAUGAGAUUACGUGACAAGAAGGGAGUGUCCCCUGGUAGAGUAUAUCUUCAUGAUGAGUUGAUUGAUACUUAUAGUACAUACAAGUAUAGUAAGGAAAUGUAUGUGGAACCAUUGAAAGGACCAGAGAAGAUGAAGCAUUAUACACAGAUGCAGGUGUAUGUUAUAAGAUGGCGUCCAUCACAAUGUUCAGUUGAUCCAAUAGAAGAAAUUAUACUGGAUAAGAGAUAUGAUCCUAAGGAUUUUAUUGGAAAGCUGUCAGAGUUAAGUGGAAUUCCUUUUUAUAAUAUCUAUUAUACAGAGAGUAAAUCAUUUCCAGUUAUGAUAUCAUGUCUUGAUAUUGAGAAUGAGUUGAGAUGGUAUUCCAUCAAUUUAGACAGAUAUUACUCAUUAAGACUAUAUGAUGACGGACGUGUCAUAUAUUACAAAGACAAAAGAGAGACAAUGAAAGAGUUAACAGAUGAAGAGAGAUAUGAAAUAGAAGUGGCAGAGGAAGCAAGGUUGGAGAGGAUUAGGGACUGACUGAAUGGAUUGGUUUAAUUUUUUUAGUGUCAUAUUAAUUUUAUACUUGUAUAAUUUUGUAUUGCAACCCUGCCAAAAUUACUUGCUAUAUGUAA